AUGCAUUUGUCCGCGUCCGGUCGCUGCGUCGCCCUCAUCGACAUGGAUUGCUUCUACUGCGCUUGCGAGCGGGCGCUCGACCCGUCGCUCCUCGGUCUCCCGAUGGCCGUGGUGCAGUACAACCCGUACGAGAACUCCAAGAGCUCGGGCGGCGGCGAGAACAUCGGCGGCGUUGUCUCGCUGCCGGCGCAGCCCGCGGCGGCGCGCGUCGCUGUGCGUGACGGCCGCGUGCUGCUUCCGGCGGCGCAGAACGGGAGCAUCAUCGCAGUCUCGUACGAGGCCCGUGAGCGCGGUGUCACUCGCUUCUUCCGCGGGCGUGAGGCGGUCGCAAAGUGCCCGGAGUUGGUGCUGGUGCAGGUGCCGACCUCGCACGGCAAGUCGGACAUGGGCGUCUACCGCGACUUUGGCGCCAAGGCACUCGCGCUCAUCCACCGCACCUGCGGCGAGGGGGCGCUCACCGAGAAGGCGAGAGAGUCACACACCGAUGGAGGAGGCGAGACGGCGGCGUCGGUCGACGAGAUGUACGUCGACCUGACGAGGCCAGCAAGGGCGCUGCUCGGCGCCACCUCGUACGCCGACGUGCUCUCCGAGGCGGCGGCGGCGGGCACGCACGUCGCGGGCGCCGAGGAGGCGGAGGCGGAGGCGGAGAAGGGGGCGCAGCCGACCGGCAUGCUCGCGCGGAACUCCUUUCGGGCGGGGCAUGCGGGGCAGGUGGUGCGGCGGAUCGGCGAGGCGAGCGCCGCGUGGUGGCAGAGGACACCGGACGAGUGGGAUGAGGGCGAGAUCCAGCUGGCCGCCGGCGCCGUGAUCGUCGCACGCGCGCGCGCGGCGGUGUCCGCCGAGCUGGGCUUCACUUGCUCUGCGGGGAUCGCUUCGAACAAGCUGCUCGCCAAGCUCUGCGGCGGGCUGCACAAGCCGAACCAGCAGACGCUGUUGCCGCGCGGCGCCGUCCACGCGCUGCUCGACCCUCUCCCCAUCGACCGUCUGCGCGGGUUUGGCGGGAAGCUGGGCGCCAUUCUGCGGGAGGGCCGCCCAGACCUCGGCCUGCCCGGCUACGCGACAGCGGGGGAGCUGCGCUCCGGCGGCGGCGCGGCGGCGGCACGGCUGUUGCGUGGGGAGUGGUCGCACCCAGGAGAGGAGGCGGCGCGGGCAGUGCGCAUGGCGAGCGGGUGCGACGACGAUGCGGUGAGGGAGAGACCCCUCGCUAAGCAGGUCGGCGCGUGCAAGAACUUUUCUGGCGCGCGCGGCUCCGUGCGCGGCCCGAUCGACUCGAAGGCGGGCUUGGUGGAGUGGGCGUCGCAGCUGGCAGAGGACAUUGCGGCGCGGCUCGCGCAACAGAGAGAGGAGCACGGCCGCAUCGCCACCACCCUCGUGGCGCACGUCUCGCUCGAUGGCCAGGCUGGUCGUUCCCGCCGCAGCCAGCUCCGCGACCCGUCGGCGUGUGGAAUCGCGCGGCAAGGCGUCGAGCUGCUCGGACCCCUCCUCGAGCUGCGCCCGCCCACGCGGCUCGGCAUCACCAACUUUGGCUUCUCGGCGGACAGCUUCGAAAAGGAGGCGCACCCCAAAGAGCGAGGCUCGCUGCAGCGGCUCUUCUCCGCGGCCGCAGCCGCCGCCCCUUCUCGGAGAACAAGAACAUCGCCGGCUUUGACAACGUCGGUAAGUAAGUCGCUCUACACGACUGUGCGCGAGCUGGUCGAGAACGCGCUCGCUCGAUCCUCGAUGCGUGCGUGCGAGUCGAUCCGAGAGCUUCCCGACAUUGAGAUCACGCUGCAGCUGGCGAGCGGCACAGGCACCGGCACGGGCGCCGGCGGCGCCAGCGGUGGCGCUGAGCGAGGUCGUGGCAAGACGUGGCUGCUCGACUCCAAGUACGUGCUUGGGGAGGAGCUCGGGCGCGGUUCGUCGGGCAAGGUGUACCGCGCCCUCAACCAGGGCGGCGGCUCCCAGUUUGUCGCCAUUAAGGAGAUUCCUCUCGUCGGGAUGUCGGCGGCCGCCGCCCGCGCCGUCGAGUCUGAGGUGGAGCUGCUGCGGAACCUGUCGCACCCGCAGAUCAUCCGCUUCCACGAGACGAUCCGCACCGAGCACCACCUCUACCUCGUCCUCGAGUACGUCGAGAACGGCUCCCUCGCCUCCAUCCUCAAAACUUUCGGGCGGCUGCCCGAGCACAUGCUCAUC